UUCUCAAUGGAUGGGGACUAUGUUAUUGGUGGUGUUUUCUCAAUCCACUACUACAUGCAAACAGUAAACCAUGACUACACUACCAUGCCUGAGCCAGUGAGAUGCAGUGGGAGCAUUAAUACCCGUGAGCUGCGCUUCUCACGAGCAAUGGUCUUUGCCAUCGAAGAGAUUAACAACAGCGCAGAGGUUCUGCCCGGGAUAAGGCUCGGGUAUCAGAUCUAUGACUCAUGUUCAUCAGUGCCCGUGGCAGUGCAUGUGGCAUUUCAGUUGUUAAAUAGCUUGGACCCUGUGUUUUACACAGGUGGCAACUGCUCACAAUCUGGUAUGGUGAUGACUAUUGUUGGUGAGUCUGGGUCUACACCAUCCAUCAGCAUGUCACGCAUCCUUGGGUCUUUUAAUAUUCCUCAAGUGAGCCAUUAUGCCACUUGCGCAUGUUUGUCUGACAAGCAGCAGUACCCGAAUUUUUUCAGAACAAUCCCCAGUGAUCGUUUCCAAGCUGAAGCGCUAGCCAAGCUGGUAAAGCACUUUGGCUGGACUUGGAUAGGUGCUGUUCGGUCGGAUUCAGAUUAUGGAAAUAGUGGCAUGGCAUCUUUUCUAGAAGCAGCACAAAAAGAGGGGAUCUGUGUGGAAUAUUCUGUAUCUUUCUAUCGGACUCACCCACAUAGCAGGAUCCAAGAAGUAGCAGGUGUUAUCCGCAGGUCUACAGCAGUGGUUAUUGUGGCAUUUGUUGCUUCUGGUGACAUGAAAAUUCUGUUGGAGGAGCUUUCACGUGAGCCUUCCCCACCUCGCCAGUGGAUAGGCAGUGAGUCAUGGAUAACUGAUUCAGAAUUUAGAAGGUUUAGAUUCUGUGCUGGGGCCAUUGGAUUUGGGAUUCAGAAGUCUGUAAUCCCCGGUUUCAGAGAUUUCCUGCUUAAUUUAUCUCCCUCUCAAGUAGCUACAUCCCCAAUGCUUACUGAGUUCUGGGAGGACUCGUUCAACUGCAAAAUGAAAAAAAGUCCUGUUGUAGGCAAGAAGAUAUGUGAUGGAACUGAAGACAUACAGAAUCUUCAAAUCCCAUAUACUGACACAUCUCAGCUCAGAAUUACUAACAUGGUGUACAAGGCUGUGUAUGCAAUAGCACAUGCCAUCCAUAAUACAGUGUGUCAGAGAACCAAUGGCAUAGCUAAGUGUGACAAACUAACCGAGUUAGAGUCCAAACAGAUUUUAGCUGAGCUGAAGAAGGUAAAUUUUUCCCGAAAUAGUUAUGAUGUGUCAUUUAAUGCUAAUGGGGAUCCUGUGGCUAUUUACGAGUUGGUUAACUGGCAGAAGAGUGAAACUGGAAAAACAGAGUUGGUAACAGUAGGGCUUUAUGAUGCAUCACUGCCAAUGGGCCAAGAGUUCCAGAUUAACCAGAGCAUAACCUGGAUGGAGGAUGGCACCCAAGUGCCAGUGUCAGUGUGCAGUGCCAGUUGUCCUCCAGGAACUCGUAAAGUGCUGCAGAAAGGAAAACCCAUCUGCUGCUAUGACUGUAUACUGUGUCCUGAAGGAGAGACUAGUAAUACAACAGAUUCAGCUGAUUGUUUACCCUGCCACAAGGAAUUCUGGCCUAAUGCAAAGAGAGACACUUGUAUCCCUAAGCCUGUAGAGUUUCUUUCGUUUGAAGACAUCCUUGGAAUCAUCUUGGCUACACUCUCUGUUCUGGGUGCUUGUCUGGCCAUUAUCACUGUAGCUAUAUUUUUUCAUCACAGGACAUCUCCAAUUGUCAGGGCCAACAACUCUGAGCUAAGCUUUCUGCUGCUCAUCUCACUGACUCUGUGUUUCUUAUGUUCAUUAACUUUCAUUGGAGCACCAUCUGAGUGGUCCUGCAUGCUGCGUCACACUGCAUUUGGGAUCACCUUUGUGCUCUGUAUUUCCUGUGUACUUGGGAAAACCAUAGUGGUUUUAAUGGCUUUUAAAGCAACACUUCCAGGUAGUAAUGUCAUGAAAUGGUUUGGUCCUCCACAACAAAGAAUGACUGUUGUGUCUUUCACCUUUAUUCAAGUUUUAAUAUGUACUGUUUGGUUGGUACUUAGCCCUCCAUUCCCAAUUAAAAAUCUAACCACAUACAAGGAGAAAAUCAUACUGGAAUGUGCAUUAGGCUCUGCUGUAGGCUUCUGGGCUGUGCUCGGUUACAUAGGCCUACUUGCUGCUUUUUGCUUUGUUUUAGCUGUUUUAGCUCGCAAAUUACCUGAUAAUUUCAAUGAAGCUAAAUUUAUCACCUUCAGCAUGCUGAUAUUCUGUACAGUUUGGAUCACCUUUAUCCCAGCAUAUGUCAGCUCUCCUGGGAAAUUCACUGUGGCUGUUGAGAUUUUUGCCAUUCUGUCCUCCAGCUUUGGACUAAUAAUGUGUAUAUUUGCUCCAAAAUGUUUUAUAAUUUUGUUUAACCCCGAGAAAAACACCAAGAAAUAUUUAAUCAACAAAAAUCCAACUUAG